CCAAGUCAGAAACUCCUCGUUGGGUGCAUGGAAAACCCGGUAGGUCAGUGCUAAAAUUAGACGCCGCUGCUUCCGCCACCGCGGCCAAACCGCGAUGCUUUAAGUCAUGUAAACCUGGGGGGGGGGGAUACACAUGACACGCGGGCUGGCAGCGGAGGCAAAGCUUCCCAUGGCUGACAUUUAACGCCACACGCUGCGCGAGGAGAAGCUCCGUGCGUAACGCGGGGACGCAGCGCUGGAUGAGCACUGGCCGCCGCUGCGCACGGCAUGAGCGUUUGAUAGUGGGAUUCUUUUGGAGACGCCAUAUGCACGCGCUGCAGCGCACGGCUUCGUUUGUGCAAGAAUGUCCUUUCUAACCAUCCCGGGCCAAGAGGGCCUUUUCCGCACGAUCAAAACCGGGAAGUCGGGCGAGGAGGCGGCGGCGGCGGCGGAGGGCAGGUCACCGCUGGACGCCGACGAUGAUGACGAUGAAGAGGAUGACACCGAGAACGUGCGCCUCAUCCCGCGGUGCUCGCCGGUGCCCAGGAAGAGAGGCCAGUCCAUCAACGACGAGACGGCAGAGUACAUCCGGAGCCACCUGGGCAUCGCGGCGGAGUGCAGGAAGAAGGUGCUGUUCGCCGACACAACAGGUGGCGACCUGGUGGACGUGAAGGAAUUCGUAGCCUUCGACUCGGAUGAUGAAGAGGCGAGCGCGAGGUGGGAGGAAGAGGAGGCGAAGUACAGGAGACCCCAGCGCGAGCCGACCUACACGGUGCUCCCAGAGUUCAGAGCGCCCAGCGGCGGCGCCCUGCUGCAGGCGGUGCAGGCUCGCAAGGUGGAGGUGGAGCAGCUCUCUGCUGUGGAGCACGAGCCGCUGGCAGUGAGCGGCUUGAUACGGGUCCUGAACGUCUCCUUCCACAAGUCAGUUUACAUCCGGUCCACCAUGGACAGCUGGGUGACCUACUUUGACCACCCGGCAGAGUACGUCCAGGGCUCCCACGACGGGACCACUGACCAGUUCUCCUUCAAGCUGUCCUUCGCUCCUCCUUACAUCACGCACGGCUCCCGCAUCGAGUUCGUGGUCCGCUAUGAAACCUCUGACGGUGACUACUGGGCCAAUAACUCCUCCAUGAAUUACGUGGUAACUCUGCUCCUGUCCUAUGAAGAUGACACGCUUCAGUCCAAAGUGGACACGCAGCACGUGAGAGGCAUCCUGAAACCCCCAAAAACCUACAGCAUGCAGUUUGACACAGAUUCAGAGGAGGAGCCAGAAAAGGAAAAAGGAGAAGCGGAGACCUCCGAUGUGGGAUUUGUCCGGCCAAAAGCGAUGUGUCCAGUCAUCAUAAAACCGGAGAUCGAUAUAGAGAUUACAGCUCACCCACCUGGUCCUCCUGUCCCGCCCAACCAGGAGCCUCCAUCUGCCGCCGGCACACUGUCGGCUCACACUGUACCCCCAGGUGAACCAUCUCCUUGUGCGUCUUCCGAAACGGCACCUCCGUCUGAUUCGUCCUCUGUACUCUGUGCCAGUGAGUCAUUACAGCCAAAUAAGUCACAGCCUUUACCCAGACUCCACUGUGAAUUAGGGAACCAAACGUCAGAGCAGCUCAGAGACAAUAGUCCUGCUGCACUGCCGCCUGCCUCAAGUCCUCCGCUGCGACCGGAGCCAACCGCUAGAUCGGAUGACUGGCGGCCUGACAGUGAUGAGACCUCUCCUUCAGAAGACUCUGCCAAGUUUCUUCUUACCUCGAAGAAUCCGGGGUCAACGGCCGGAGAGGCUGGAUCAACUGAGACAUCAGUCCGUCACUCUGGACCUGAGCUGCCGGCUGAAUGCGUCGCUUCUCUCAGUCCGUCUCCAGAGCGUGAGCAAACGGCCGCGGUGGCGUCGGGUAAACCGGCUGAAGAAAUAUCAGAGAGCCCCGCCGAGUCUGCAGGGCAUCACGAAGGCAGCAGGUCGACGCCCCGGUCCCUCAUGGCGGAGGCCGAGGCGCCAUCACCUGAGCUCACAGAAAACACCCCGGUGAGCCGAAGCUUCGCUCCUCAGUCCGAGAGGGAAAAUCCUCCCCACGUUUCCCCGGGCACAUCAAUAGAGACUGCACCGAACGUCCAGCCCGACGUUUCCGAGGCCCAGUCCGAGCACGACAUAAGCAGGGAUCUGAUGCCGACGGCCGUCUUCAUGAGCGGCCUCAUGUCUCUCUCCAUAGUGCUGCAGGAGCCCAGCGCCCUCUUCUUCAUUGGACUACUUUUGGUUUUGCACCGCUUGUGAUCGACCCUCCUCUGUUUUCUCGUCAAGUGCCUUGUCAUGAUUCCAGAAGAAGCCAUCGAGUUGAACAGCACACGAGUCUCCCAUAGAAAAUUAUUUUUAUGCAAAGUAUAACGUGAGAGUAUUUACAAAAUGCAAUAUGUGGAGGUAUUUAACUUAAAAAAAAAAUAGUCUUGGAAUUGCAAUCACCCCAUUCCUACACUAUCAUUGAACUAUAGGAGCACAACGUGUCAGUGAAGAUGUUUUGUAAGUGGUCUAUAAUUCCCUUGUCGUGUGUAAGUGAUGUAUGUGGUGUUCAGUUCGGAUCGUUUCAGUCAGUCCUGCGUAGCAUAUGUAGCUAAGACUGCCAUGAGUUUAAGCUUUGUGAAUUCCACGUCUUUUAUGUCUUUAAAUGCAAUACAAAUGCGUCACCGAAGUGGGAAAAUAAAGAGAUGAAUUCUUACUGACGUCGUUUACAAAAUGCAAAACAAGGCUGUGUGUAGCAUUUCGCCUUAAUACUUUGUGAAGCUAAGAUUAAAAUUGUUGCUGCUUAAAAGGACAAAACGAGUUGAAGCCAAUCCAAGAAGUAGUAUUUAUUAGAAGUUGCCCGUUGUAUUGACUGGUGAAGCUUUUAUUUGACAGGUCUUCCUGGUACUUCUUGUUGUAAGCCCAUGUUGUUGUUGCACAACGCAGAACUUUUGUAACACUACUUUGACAACCUCACAGCCGGGCCGCAGCACAUGUACGACAUGUUUGAAGUGAUGAAAGUUUUUGCAGGGUAUUGCCAUUAAAACGCGGUGGGGGUGCUCUGU